AUGGGGGACACUUUGAUUCCUUUUUCUAAUCUCCGCCAUCCUCGACAACAACAAUCAAUUCAAUUUUUGGUUAAUCAGUUUCUGUGUUCCUUCAACCUCCAUUCCUCUGUUCGCCGAACCAUUUGUCACGAGAUUCUCUCCUUUGCUUUACAGUUUCGUGCCAUUCUUCCGAGCUUCAAAAUUGAAGCCAACAUCGAUCAUGUGGAGGACUUGAUCAUCGGAGAGCAAGGAUUUCAAGAAACUCCACCCCCAAGGACAAGAGGGGCGCCGGAGUCUGCGAUUGAGAGAUUAAUAAUGAAGCAGAAAUUUGAUGGGUUUAAUAAAGAAGAAGAAGAAGAAAUCGGAGAUUGCAGUGUUUGUUAUGAAGAGCUAAAAGGAAAGGGGAAGGAGGUGAGUAGGAUUCCAUGUGGUCAUGUGUAUCACAAAUCAUGCGUCCUUACAUGGCUUCAAAUCAACAACUCUUGCCCAUUGUGUAGAGCUCCAUUAGAAUCAUGA